AUGUCUGACUCCGAAUCUAAACACUCCGAGCCUCAGUACAGUGACGAGGUGCCCACCUUUCUCAAGGCUAAGGGCGACAAGCUUAAUAAAAUCAUCACCACCAUGUGUGGUGUUGGUUUCUUCCUUUUCGGUUACGAUCAGGGUGUUAUGGGUUCCCUUCUUACCCUUCCUACUUUCCGUGCUCGUUUCCCUGAAAUGGAUACUGUUUCCAACGAAGAGUUGAGUUAUGCCAUUCACCAGGGUUUGGUUAUUGGUCUUUACGCUGUGGGUUGUUUGGUCGGUGCCCUUGCAACCAUGUACAUUGGUGAUAAGUUUGGCCGUGUGAAGAUGAUUUUCUGGGGAUGUGUUAUCAUUGUUAUUGGUGGUAUUUUGCAGGCUGCCGCUACCAACACCGACUUUUUGGUCACUGCUCGUGUCAUUUCUGGUGUGGGUAACGGUUUGCUUACUGCUACGGUUCCUCUUUACGCUGCCGAGUGUUCCAAGGCCAACAGCAGAGGUAAAUCGCUUUGUAUCCACGGUUCCUUGAUUACCCUUGGUAUUGCCGUGUCUUACUGGAUCGAUUUUGCUUUCUACUUUACUGAACAGUUCGGUGAGGUUUCCUGGAGAUUCCCUAUCGCUUUCCAGCUUAUUUUCCCAGUGGGUAUUUGUUGUUUCGGUACUACUUUCCCAGAGUCUCCAAGAUGGCUUAUGGGUCAAAGUAGACGUGAAGAAGCCGCCAAGGUGUUCGCUGCCUUGUACGACAAGCCACCAAGCUCUGCGUACGUUCAAAGCCUUUGUGACGAUAUCGCCAAAAGUUUGGACGCCGAAAUCAAGGCUGGUGGUAACAAGUUCAGUGUCAAGAACCUUCUCAAGCAAGGUCCACGUAAGAACUUCCAAAGAGUCAACUUGGCUGGCUGGUCCCAAGUCAUGCAACAGAUUUGUGGUAUUAACUUGAUUACCUACUACGCUGGUACCAUUUUCGAAGAGUACAUUGGUAUGGACGCCUUGGAGUCCCGUAUCUUGGCUGCCUGUAACGGUACCGAAUACUUUUUGGCUUCUCUUAUUCCAAUUUUCGUUAUUGAGAAGUUUGGUAGAAGAAAGCUUUUCCUUUUCGGUACCGCUGGUCAGUGUUUGAGUAUGUUGUUGCUUUACGUCUGUAUGGAGAUUGCAGAGCAAGGUAACGACGGAGGUUCCAUCGGUGCAGCCGUGAUGCUUUUCGCUUUCAAUUCUUUCUUCGGUAUGUCGCUUUUGUCGCUUACUUGGUUGUACCCACCAGAGGUUUCUUCCUUGGAAGUGAGAGCACCUACCACCGCCAUCUCCACUGCCUGUAACUGGGGUUUCAACUUUUUGGUUGUGAUGAUCACGCCAAUCUGUUUCAACAGUAUUGACCACCACACCUACCUUAUUUUCUUCGGCAUCAACUUCUGCAUGGUUCCAGUGUUUUACUUCUUAUACCCAGAAACUAGGGGCAGAACUUUGGAGGAGAUGGACUUGAUUUUCGCUGACACUCCCGUCUGGAAGCCAUGGAAGUCGGUUGGUAUUGCAGCCACCAUGCCAUUCCUCGAGGAGACCAAGGAUAUCGAGAGUUUCAACCAGAAGGCCGACGCUGAACACUAUUCUAACGGUCUGAGCUCUUCGCCAGAGUCAGACUCUGGUCUUAUGGAAGACACCAAGUCUGAAACCAAGUUCGUGGAGAACGUCAACAAGGAGAACAGUAUUUCAAGAGUUUAA